CGCCCGGGGCGGCGGCGCAGAGCCGGGGCCGGCGCACGAGGCGGCAGGGCGGCCAUGACUGCGGAGCAGGCGCUGCCCCUGGGCAACGGGAAAGCGGCCGAGGAGGCGCGGGGGUCUGAAGCGCUGGGCGGCGGCGGCGGCGGGGGCGCGGCGGGGACGCGCGAGGCGCGCGACAAAGCGGUCCACGAGCGCGGCCACUGGAACAACAAGGUGGAGUUCGUGCUGAGCGUAGCUGGCGAGAUCAUUGGGCUAGGCAACGUGUGGCGCUUCCCCUACCUGUGCUACAAGAACGGCGGAGGGGCAUUCCUGAUUCCCUAUGUGGUGUUUUUCAUCUGCUGUGGAAUUCCCGUCUUCUUCCUGGAAACGGCUCUGGGGCAGUUCACAAGUGAAGGAGGCAUUACCUGCUGGAGGAAAGUCUGCCCUUUGUUUGAAGGCAUUGGCUAUGCAACACAGGUGAUCGAGGCGCACCUCAAUGUCUAUUACAUCAUCAUCCUGGCAUGGGCCAUCUUCUACCUAAGCAACUGCUUCACCACCGAGCUCCCCUGGGCCACCUGUGGGCACGAGUGGAACACAGAGAAAUGUGUGGAGUUCCAGAAGCUGAACGUCAGCAACUACAGUCAUGUGUCCCUGCAGAAUGCCACCUCCCCGGUCAUGGAAUUCUGGGAACGCCGGGUCUUGGCUAUAUCUGAUGGCAUUGAGCACAUUGGGAACCUCCGUUGGGAGCUGGCAUUGUGUCUCCUGGCUGCUUGGACCAUCUGCUACUUCUGCAUCUGGAAAGGAACCAAGUCUACCGGAAAGGUGGUGUAUGUCACGGCCACCUUCCCCUACAUCAUGCUGCUGAUCCUCCUGAUCCGAGGUGUCACAUUGCCAGGUGCCUCUGAAGGCAUCAAGUUCUAUCUGUACCCGGACCUCUCCCGGCUCUCUGAUCCACAGGUGUGGGUGGACGCUGGGACGCAGAUCUUUUUCUCCUACGCCAUCUGCCUGGGCUGCCUGACCGCUCUGGGGAGUUACAACAACUAUAACAACAACUGCUACAGGGACUGUAUCAUGCUCUGCUGUCUUAAUAGUGGCACCAGCUUUGUGGCUGGCUUCGCCAUCUUCUCCGUCCUGGGCUUCAUGGCAUAUGAGCAAGGAGUGCCUAUUGCUGAGGUGGCAGAGUCAGGUCCUGGACUGGCUUUCAUCGCCUACCCCAAAGCCGUCACGAUGAUGCCCCUCUCCCCAUUGUGGGCCACCUUGUUCUUCAUGAUGCUCAUCUUCCUGGGCCUGGACAGUCAGUUUGUGUGCGUGGAGAGCCUCGUGACUGCCGUGGUAGACAUGUACCCCAAGGUCUUCCGACGGGGCUACCGGCGAGAACUGCUCAUCCUGGCCCUGUCCAUCAUCUCCUAUUUCCUAGGCCUGGUGAUGCUGACAGAGGGAGGCAUGUACAUCUUCCAGCUUUUUGACUCCUAUGCUGCCAGUGGCAUGUGCUUGCUUUUUGUGGCCAUCUUUGAGUGUGUUUGCAUCGGCUGGGUGUAUGGAAGCAACCGGUUCUACGACAACAUCGAGGACAUGAUUGGCUACCGGCCCCUGUCACUCAUCAAGUGGUGCUGGAAAGUUGUGACCCCUGGGAUAUGUGCGGGCAUCUUCAUCUUCUUUCUGGUCAAGUACAAACCUCUCAAGUACAACAAUGUGUACACAUACCCAGCUUGGGGCUACGGCAUUGGUUGGCUCAUGGCUCUGUCCUCCAUGUUAUGCAUCCCGCUCUGGAUCUUCAUCAAGGUGUGGAAGACAGAGGGCACCCUGCCCGAGAAAUUACAGAAGUUGACAGUCCCCAGCGCUGAUCUGAAAAUGCGGGGCAAGCUUGGGGCUAGCCCGCGGACGGUGACGGUUAAUGACUGUGAGGCCAAGGUCAAGGGUGACGGCACCAUCUCCGCCAUCACAGAGAAGGAGACACACUUCUGAGUCCCACCAGCCACUUGGAUCCUUCUCCCCUGUUCCUUCCCUGCUUGUAAAUGAAUCCUGAAUCUUGUACUUCACCUAAUGUUAGGGGCUUGCCCUUCUGCACAGGACUAUUAACCAGUUAACUCCCAGCCAGCCACUGUGUGCCCUGUACCCCCGCCUCACUCCUGUGAUCAUGGCUGUAUCCACCUUACCAAGAUAAUUCUGUACAGUGACUAGCAGAUCCUGGCCUAGGGUGGUUCAACCCAUGUUUCCUAGAGUCCUUGUAUUAUACUGUCAACUUUCAUGCUGUGGGCAGGUGAGUGAGGGGGUGGUGCCCAUCCGCCUCUGGUUUUCAGUAAUCCCAGACUUUGUCUCGGACCUUUCCUGGCCCCACUCCUCUGUACCCUAGCGACAGUUUGUUGUGUUUUGUUAUUUUCUUUUGGUCUUACCCUUUUCCAAUGGCAGGACCUUCCACACGUCAAAGCUGUAAGAUGGCAAAGGAAACAUCCCACCAUUCUCAGGGCUCCUGAGCAAUCGGGAGUUGAUAACAGUCUCAUCCGGUGACUGCGGCUACUCCCUUCUCUCCCCAGCCUCAGUUUCUCCAUCCCCCAGAUUGCAGGAGGAAAUAGAAUGGAGUCUUCCCCUGACUCACUGCCUUGCAGUGACUGCUUUGACUUUUGCCUGCAGAGAGUUGCAGGCCUCUUCUUUCUCCCUCUUUGCUAUGAACCCCCCCCCCAACCUACCGUAGCUCCUACCCCCACCCCCUACCUCUCUCCCACUUAUCUUAAGUCAAACCUAUCACAAGAUAUAUUAGGGAAGUGUGUUUCCCUAACAACUGGUGGUAUGGCUUAGCCCUGAUCCCUAGAGGCCAGCCCAUCCCCAACCCCUUUGACAGGUGGUCCCACCACACAUCCUGCUUUCUUGGCUAUCAAGCUCUGUCCCUCCUUCCUCAGUAGGGAUGAUCGGAAGGCAACCACCUCUUCCUGCAGCUGCCUGGCCAGGAUCUGUGGUUUAAGAUCUAUAGUUGUCCCUGCCAGGGGGAGCUACAAUGAGGCCCAGGGCUGGAUUCCACCCAUAGCCCCUUCUCUCCCUCCUGUCCCCUGCCCUUUUCUCUACCUUCCUGCCACUCACUGCAGAUCCUGUGUGCAGACAUAUUAUUCUGGAGGCUUUCCACCUGCCCGGUGUGAGGAGCCUUCGUUCACACUCAUCAGAGGGAGGAAUUGGGCAUCCAUCCCUCAGGCUCUUGGAAAAGGAGAGCAAACAUGGUCCCCAGGGGAAGGCUGGUACUAUGCCUUCCUGCCUGGCUCAGACCUCUUGGACUGACCUCUCCCUCAUCUGCUGAGUUUUCCAGCUUCUGUGUCUGUGUAACUGUUGGGGGAUGGCAUGUAGGGGGAGGGACAUCCUUUCCUUCUUCCUGUAAUUUCCUAGAUCUGGCGGAAAGGUGACUUUUCUUCACACUAAGGCUCCAGUGUCCUGUCAAAGACCAGAAUUCUCUAUUUACUCAAAACUUCAAGACUCUUAUCUGUUCUGCCCAGCGCCCCCCGCUUCCAUCUAAAGCCUGGGAUGACUGCCCAGCAUCCCCCAGCUAACUGGGCACUCAUCCAGGGCACAACCACCCCCCCCCCACCAGUUGCUCACAAACAGGCCACACAUUCCUUCUGGGAAGGUCAGCAUCAUACUGAAGAUGACCUGUGGAGUUGGUCCUCAACUGCUGUCCCCCAUCCCCCCUGAGAGGGAGGCUGCCCAUUGCUGCUAUUGCUCCUCACCACCAACUCCCUCAUGGACAGAUGGACAGACAGAUCCCUGAUGUCUGUCAUCACAGACACACGUGUUGUACAUGUGGCCCGUAACACUUGACACUCUUAACACUACUCAUGGAGCAGGGCAGAGGGAGGCUUGUGGUUUGGGGGUUGUCUUUUUUGUUGUUUUGUUUUAUAAUUUCAUACUAGUAUUUGGGUAACUGUAGGGAGGAGGGGAGGGCAAGAGGGAGCAAGGGAACAUGUCAUUGUGACAACUUUUUUGAUAUUCAUUAGAAGUGAUACAAUAUAUCCUUUCUGAGAUAUUUACAGUAUUAUUAAAAAAAGAAAAGGGUUGGA